UUUCCUGACACAAAAUGGAGGAGUUGAACAUUUUAGCUAAUUAAUCUAGACAGUAUAACGCGUUGACAGUGCGAUUUGAGUAUUAUUUAAGAAUUUUGGCAUAAACGUGAAUUACAUACAGUGAAAUGACUGUGAAUGAAAAAUGACAGAAUAAAGACUAAAAUUUAAUACAAAUAAAUAAAUAUGUUGAUUCUGAUUUUAUUCAUCAGGUCUCACCUGACGCAGUGUGGUGAAAUCACGCAUGUUUAUGAGCCAUGGGUUUCUCAGAUCGGUUGUCUGGCUGUAUGGUGACAGAGAAAGGCUGUCGUUAUGUGUCUUUGGCUCUGAGUUCAAACCCCUCACACCUGAGAGAGCUGGAUCUGAGCUACAAUCACCCAGGAGAUUCAGGAGUCAAGCUGCUUUCUGAAAAAUAUAAGGAUCCAAACUGCAAACUGGACAAACUCAAUGUGGAUCAUGGAGGAGAAUCCAGGAUUACAGCAGGACUGAACAAAUAUGCCUGUUUUCUCACACUGGAUCCAAACAGAACACACAAUCAACUCAUUCUGUCUGAGGAGAACAGAAAUGUGACAGGUUUAAGAGAGAAUCGGUCGUAUCCUGAUCAUCCAGACAGAUUUGAUGCGUUUCCUCAGGUGUUGUGUAGAGAGAGUGUGUGUGGACGCUGUUACUGGGAGAUUGAGUGGAGUGGACGUGUGUUUGUAUCAGUGUCAUAUAAGAGCAUCAGCAGGAAGGGACAGGGUCAUAAGUGUGUGUUUGGAUGUAAUGAUCAGUCCUGGAGUUUGAUCUGCUCUCCUGACAGAUACUCAUUCAUACACAAUAACAUAAAGACUGUUGUCCCUGUGAAGCCCAUCAGUCAUAGAGUAGGAGUGUCUGAUAUCUAUAGAGUAGGAGUGUAUGUGGAUGUGAGUGCAGGAACUCUGUCCUUCUACAGCGUCUCUGACACUAUGAGCCUCAUCCACACAGAACAGAUCACAUUCACUCAGACGCUCUAUCCUGGGUUUGGGUUUGUUUAUAAAGGAUCAGUGAAACUGUGUUGAUGAAUCAGAAUAGACUGAUGAGAGCUUGUACCCAUAAUGCUUUGAGCUGCUGAUGAAUCAGUAAAGAGUGAGAUGUUCUGUAGUCUCUUCAUGACAUUAAUACUGCAGCUCAACUUCUGUCACUCAAAUAACAGUCAGAAUAAAUGUGUGUCAGAAAUCCUCAUAUAGACAGUAAGAUCAGUGUGUGAGUCUAGAUUUGUUUUUUAUUGCCGUGUCUCAUCACUCAUUCGUUUUAUUAGUGUUAAAAAUGUCAAAAUGUCACAGUCUUGGUGAAGACCAUGCAAGUCUUUUCUGUCUUGUUUUUGUGCAGAAAUAAUAAAACAAUAAUAAAUCAAGUUGAGAUCAGAUUGUAAUUGAUGUUUGUAUCAUGAAUAUAAUCGAUUCCUCACAAGACUGAAAUGAACUUCUGACAUUAUGAAAUAUGAAAAUAAUCACAGCAUUUUAUAAAAUAUAUUAUUGUAACUACAGUAAAGCUGUAUU